AUGUGGACGAAGCUGACGAGGCCAGACAUUGCCCUGCCUCUGAACAAGCUCCAGGAGAUCGGCCACUUACCCACCAGGAGGAUAUGGAACGCGCUUGUGCGGAUCAUGUCCUACCUGAACUUCACGCAGGACUUCGGCAUCACCUACGUACGGGGGUCAGGACUAGACCUAAGCGUGUUUGUCGAUGCCAGCUACGCUGACAACGAAGUAGACAGGCGUUCUACGACCGGGCUAGCUGGCGUGAAGGAGGCGUUGUUUGUGCGUGGCGUUCUGUCGUUCAUAGCGCCCGAGACGAGUGGGGCGAAGAUCAAGGUCCUUGAGGAAAACAAGGGGGCUCUCGCCUUAAUCGAGAACCCGUUCAGCUCAGCGAGGAGCAAGCACAUCGACGUGCGGUUCCAUUUCAUUCGCGAGCUAUUCAAGUCGGGCAAGAUCACUGCAGAGUAUGUUCCGACUGGAGAGCAGCACGCCGACAUGCUGACCAAGGUCCUUGGCAGAGAGAAGUUAGAGUACCACCGGAAGGCUCUGAUGAAUUUACCGAUGUAG